AUGGUCGAUGUUGAAGGUGGUCGCAAAGAGCUAGCGUUUCUGGUAGUCGUGGACCUGUUCACCGGAGAGAUCAUCAUCAACCACUUCGUUCAUCCCACAAACAUCGUUCGAAACUGGCAGACCAAAUACAGCGGCAUAACCUGUGCCGAAAUGAAGACUGCCGUGAAGAAGAACCUCGCCAUUCGACGGUGGAAAGAAGAGCGCACCAUGCUUUUUGACCAUAUGGAUAGCAAGACCAUUAUUGUCGGCCACGCCCUCCACAACGACCUGAACUCUCUGGGCAUCAUACAUCCCACAGUCAUCGACACAUCUGUCCUCACCGCUGAUGCAGUGCACAGACCGCUUGGAAGGCCCUUUCGACGGACUUGGAGACUCAGAAGAUUGGCAGACGAGCUAAUUGGUCAAAAGAUCCAGGGAGGAAAACAUGGCCAUGAUGCGCUGGAAGAUACCAUGGCCACUAGGAAUGUGCUGCUUUAUUGCACCAAAAACCCUCUCGAAUUGGAGGCUUGGGCCGAGAAAGCUCGAAGCGAGGAACCAGUCAAGUGCGAGGAGCCGGAAGCGAAUGAGUCUGAGACCGAAGAUCCCUGGUCGCUAGAUGAAUUGUGA